UAUCAAAGUACAAAAGAGGUCCAUUUUUUCAUUUAAGCAGGGGUGUGUAAAUAUCAUUUCCUCUAUUAAAACCGUCUGCAUCCUUUCAAAACUCAGAAAGACACUUCACGAGCAGAGAUAAGUAGAAAAAGGAUCGAUUUGGAGCUGAUUUCUACAGAGGAGAGAAAUAUCUUCUCGAGGAGCUUCGAUUCCCAUGGAUCGCGCUGAGCUGACGACGGAACAGGUUCUCAAGAGGGACAUCCCCUGGGAGACUUACAUGACAACUAAGCUUAUUACAGGAACAUGCCUUCAGCUGCUAAGGCGUUAUGAUAACAGAUCUGAAAGCUACCGAGCACAAUUGCUUGAUGAUGAUGGCCCAGCUUACAUCCGGGUUUUUGUGAGCAUUUUACGGGAUAUAACGAAAGAAGAAACAGUAGAAUAUGUUCUUGCUCUCAUCGAUGAAAUGCUCACAGCUAAUCCCAAACGAGCAAGACUUUUCCACGACAAAUCUCUUGCAAAUGAGGAUACUUACGAACCUUUCUUAAGAUUGCUCUGGAGGGGUAACUGGUUCAUACGAGAGAAGAGCUGUAAAAUAUUGUCACAUAUAAUAAGUGCUAGACCAAAAGCUCGGGAAGGCAUCAUUUCAAAUGGAGAAGCCUCGUAUUCAAAAAGCAAACUUACUACCAUUGAUGAUGUAUUGAAAGGUUUGGUGGAGUGGCUUUGUGCACAGUUGAAGGCGCCUUCCCAUCCCACUAGUGGUGUCCCAACAGCAAUCAGUUGCCUGUCGACAUUGCUGAGGGAACCCUUGGUCAGAUCAUCAUUUGUUCAAGCAGAUGGUGUGAAGUUGCUUGUUCCUUUGAUCUCUCCAGCAUCUACUCAGCAAUCUAUCCAGCUACUUUACGAAACAUGCCUCUGUGUUUGGCUCUUGUCUUACUAUGAGCCAGCAGUGGAAUACCUGGGCACUACAAGAACCUUGCCACGUCUAGUAGAGGUUGUCAAGGGUUCCACCAAGGAGAAGGUUGUGAGGGUCAUUGCCUUAACUCUUAAAAACUUGCUCACAAAGGGGACGUUUGGGGCUCAGAUGGUGGAUCUUGGUUUACCACAAAUUGUUCAGAGUUUGAAAGCGCAGGCAUGGAGUGAUGAGGAUCUUUUGGAUACAUUGAAUCAAUUGGAAGUGGGACUUAAGGAUAACAUCAAGAGACUGAGUUCUUUUGACAAGUACAAGCAGGAAGUCCUUUUAGGCCAUCUUGAUUGGUCGCCUAUGCACAAGGACCCUGUAUUUUGGCGUGAUAAUAUUACAAACUUCGAAGAGAAUGAUUUCCAGAUUAUAUGUGUUCUCAUCAUGAUCCUCGAUACAUCUGGUGAUUGAAGGACGUUGGCCGUUGCCUGUUAUGACCUAUCGCAGUUCAUUCAAUACCAUCCAGCUGGGCGGGCAUUGUGACUGAUCUGAAGGGGAAAGAGAGGGUCAUGAAACUCAUGAACCAUGAGAAUGCAGAGGUAACAAAGAAUGCGCUGCUUUGUAUUCAGAGGCUUUUCCUCGGCACGAAAUACGCUAGCUUCUUGCAGUCUUAGCCAUGUCACACACGAUGGUUACAAGACAGGUAUGUCAUGUGCAUGGCUCCUAAGUCUCUGGAAAUGUGGGUGGUUUUGGACGCUUGGGUCCUGCAUUGACUUCGAAUCAUUUGAGUGGUAUAGGUUUAGGCCUUAGUAGGUACUAUUCACAUGGUCUGUUGUUGUUGGCCGUCGAGCCUGUAGCUCCAUUGGAUGGUGCUCUUUGUUGCAACCAUGAGGUCAUGGGUUUGAUCUUUUUGCAGUAUUGAGAUUUUUUUAUUAUUCUGCAAGGCUUUUUUCCUUCUUGCUUUUCUAAUGGAACAUAUUUUUUGUAUUCUUGCUGCGUUGUGGAGGGAAAAAAAGUACAUGGAUUAUGUAGAAAUAAUUGUUGUUGACAUGUUCUAUGGAAUAAAAGAUGUCACUUGUAUU